UUGCUCCUCCUCGGCUCCUGAUAUAAAUACAUCUGCCAUGGAGCCCCAUCUCACACCACCACCGAUUCAAAGCGUUCGAAAAUCCAACCAAGGAAGACUCAUUCAGUUUCGUGAUACAAGAAGAAAAAUACAAGAAUGUCGAGCACUGCCGGCCAGGUUAUUCGCUGCAAAGCUGCCGUAGCAUGGGAAGCUGGGAAGCCUUUAGUGAUUGAAGAAGUGGAGGUGGCACCUCCACAGAAAAAUGAGGUUCGGGUGAAGAUCCUCUACACCUCUCUCUGCCAUACCGAUGUUUACUUCUGGGAAGCCAAGGGACAAAAUCCUCUGUUUCCUCGGAUCUAUGGCCAUGAGGCAGGAGGGAUAGUUGAGAGUGUCGGAGAGGGUGUGACGGAUCUUGCACCAGGAGAUCAUGUCCUCCCUGUUUUCACCGGGGAAUGCAAAGAAUGUGCUCACUGCCAGUCCGAGGAAAGCAACAUGUGCAGCCUACUUAGAAUCAACACUGACAGGGGUGUGAUGCUUAACGAUGGUCAGUCCAGGUUCUCCAUCAAUGGCAAGCCUAUUUACCAUUUUGUUGGCACCUCCACCUUCAGCGAAUAUACUGUUAUUCAUGUUGGUUGCCUUGCCAAGAUUAAUCCUUUGGCCCCUCUAGACAAAGUUUGCGUCCUCAGCUGUGGUAUCUCCACAGGUCUUGGUGCCACCUUGAAUGUUGCAAAACCUCCAAAGGGUUCAACAGUGGCCGUCUUUGGAUUGGGAGCUGUUGGGCUUGCUGCUGCAGAAGGGGCUAGAAUAGCUGGGGCAUCCAGAAUCAUUGGAGUUGAUUUGAACCCAAAGAGGUUUGAAGAAGCCAAGAAGUUUGGGUGUACCGAGUUUGUGAACCCAAUGGACCAUGAGAAACCAGUUCAAGAGGUGCUUGCUGAAAUGACUGAUGGAGGAGUUGACCGGAGUGUUGAAUGUACCGGAAACAUUAAUGCCAUGAUCUCAGCAUUUGAAUGUGUUCAUGAUGGUUGGGGUGUUGCUGUUCUUGUGGGUGUACCUCAUAAAGAUGCUACAUUCAAGACCCACCCCAUGAAUUUAUUGAAUGAAAGAACUCUCAAGGGUACAUUCUUUGGCAACUACAAACCGCGAUCUGAUCUUCCCUCUGUUGUAGAAAAAUACAUGAACAAGGAGCUUGAGGUGGAGAAGUUCAUCACUCAUCAAGUCCCUUUCUCGGAGAUAAACAAGGCUUUUGAUUACAUGCUGAAAGGCGAAGGUCUCCGAUGCAUCAUCCGAAUGGAUGGUUAAACUGAAUGGAUGUCUGCAUUUCAAUCAACUUCAAGUCCAAGUGAAAAACAAAACAGAUAUUGAUUAUUGGGAGUUUUCUGGUAGAUGUUUGUUACUUUCUUCAUUUUGUUCUUGUUAUCUCGAGUUUGUAUUCGAUAGUAAAUGUAAAUGUAACGUUUGGUAUUGAAUUACUGAAUAUUAAAUCUUCAGUUUUUGACUUUUUGUUC